AUGGCAGAAGCACUCGCUGUCAUCGGACUCGUGUCCGCCAUCGUCCAGUUCGUCGACUUUGGCAGCAGGGCGCUAAACCAACUCCACAAAUUACAAGAUGAAGUCUCCAACGGACCGCAAGUAUACCAGGAUAUCCGCACUCGCCUACCAUUAAUGCUAGAUCUCGUGAAGAAGAUUCGACUACAGAUCGAAGCGGGGGAAGUAGACGAAACCUCGCAAGCCGUGAUGCUACCAGUUCUGCGAAGCUGUCUCUCCCAAGUCCAACACCUCGAAGAACUUUUCGUCAAGGCGCUGCCCCGAAGCGCCGAUUCCUCGUGGAGUCGCGGCAAAAGGGCCUUUAUUGGAGUUAUCAAAGAAUCCGAGGUGGAAAAGAUUGAUCAAGUGCUCAAAACUAAUUUCGAUCUCCUCGUACACUCCGGAAUGUACCACUCGAUGGCCCGGAUCGAAAAGCAGGAUACUGGUGGGUUGCAUCAGCAGAUGGUUAAUGUUGUCAUUUCAUCUCCGCCAGCGUACACGCCCGGGCCGGCAGAGUAUGAUUAUAAGCCGCGAUCGGACUCGGUCUGGUCUCAGCUACCUUCAGCGCCUGUAUUUAUGGUUCCGUUCCAACGGGAUCCGAAGUUCCUAGAGCGUCAGUCGAUUAUGGAAAAUAUAAGAUCUAAAUUCGAGAAAUCACGUCGACUUGCACUCGCGGGACUUGGCGGUGUUGGCAAAUCGCAAAUCGCCAUCGAAUACUGUUACCGGUUCAGAGAAGAACAUCCCGACGCACACGUUUUCUGGAUAUAUGCAGGCAGCCCGGUCAGAUUCGAACAGGGCUACCAAGAAAUCGCAAGAAGACUCGCUCUUCCAGGAUGGGACAGUCACAAAGUCGACAUUCUGGAGCUGGUCCACGAGUGGCUCAGCGACGAGCGGAAUGGCGAAUGGCUCAUGAUCGUGGACAACGCAGACGACGCUACAGUUUUCUUUGGAAACAAACUUUCUAAUAACGCUCAAGACCGGAAGAACUCGAAACCGUUGGUGCGCUAUCUCCCGCAGAGCUCGACGGGGUAUAUUAUUUUCACUACGCGAGAUAAACGGGCUGGUGAACGGCUGUCUGGUCGAGAGAAACCGAUUGAAAUUCUACCGAUGAAUGCGGCGGAUUCACUUGAUCUCUUACGAGGGAGGAUACCCGAAGAUGAAUGGUCUGACGACGAUGCUAUAAAACUUGUCGAAGAACUUGCCUAUUUACCACUGGCCAUUACGCAGGCUGCAGCGUUCAUUAGCGAGAAUUGUCUGACAGUCUCCGAGUACCUCGAAUUGUUAGCUACGGGAGAGGAAGAUCUAAAAGAUCUCUUGAGUGAAGAUCUCGAAGAUCUACGUCGAGACUUGGAUACAGAAAACUCGGUGAUACGAACCUGGAAACUAUCCUUUGACCAAAUAUCUCGAGAAAAAGCACGAGCAGCACAGAUCCUUUCUCUGAUGGCGGUAUUGGAUCACCACCGAGCACCGCGGAUGCUUCUUCGCAAAGAAGGGGAAACAGAAGUUGGAUUCCGGACGGCAUUAGGUGCUCUACAAGCAUUUUCCCUGAUCAGCGCUGAAAAGGACAAAGAUGCCGCCGUGAGAAUGCACAGACUCGUAGCGCUUUCUACGAAAAAGUGGCUAGAGCUCACGGGUAUGCUUCGGCAUUGGCAGGCGGAAGCACUGAGAGUGCUUUCUGUCAAGUUUCCCGGGCGAGAUAGCUAUCUUUAUGAGAACUGGCCGGUUUUGGAGGCUUUGACGCCGCAUGCGCAAUUAGUCUUCUCCUACACCUUUUCCACGGCAGCGGAUUUGCUUGAGUGUGCCAAGCUCUUGGAUUUCGCUGCUCUGUACGAUUUGACGAAUGGAAAGUACGGGGAGGCAUAUGAGAAAUGCCUGAAAUCAUUGGAUAUUAGGGAGAAUCUGUUGCCCGCCGAUCAUCCCCUGACACUGGAUAGUGCCCAAACACUUGGCGAGACACUACUUCACCUGGGAGAGCUCGCAUCUGCGAGAUCGAUGCUUCAAAAGGCCGUUGCCGGGCGAGAAAAGUCUCUCGGCGACCUGCAUCCAGACACAUUGGAGAGUGUCAGUGAUUUAACGAUCACCCUACUCGAGCUAAACGAGCUUGCCGCCGCGGAAGAGAAUGCACUACGAGCUCUAAAAGGCAGAGAGGAGGUCCUAGGGGAAGACCAUCCAGACACAUUUGUCAGUCUGAACAUUCUCUCCAUGCUACGACAAUGCCAGGGAGACCUAGACAGCGCCAAAGAAACAUGUGAAAAGGUUCUACACUGGCGGACAACCUCCCUCGGCCCAGAAAAUCCCCACACAAUCAUGACCCUGAAUAACCUAGCGGUCCUUCAAUACCGACAAGGCGAGCAUGAUCUAGCAAAGCAAACGCUCAAAACCGUGCUAGCCGGUGAAGAAAGAUUCCUCGGUGCGGAAGAGGGCUACGACAUCCAAGUUAGUCUCAGCAAUCUGGCCCGUAUAUACAGCGAUCAGGGCGAGUUGGAUGAAGCAGAAGCAGCGUAUCGGCGGGCAUUGAAGAUGCAAGAAAAAUUACUUGGGCCAACGCAUCCGGCAACGCUGCAGACCGUGAAAAACUUGGCGGAUGUACUUGUGCAGAAGGGGGAACUUGAUGAAAUUGAAAGGAUGAAGAGAUGGGCUCAUGGGGAGGAAAGUAAGUCGGGUGUUGAAGGGGUUGGGGCUCUUUCGAUGGCGGGUCUUUUGUUUGAUUGA